AUGUGGGAAAGUUUAAAUGGAAGCCGGUUGAUUUUUGUCAUCUCUCUCUUGACGGCACUGUGUUUUAUGUUAAUUGGGUACGAUAAUGGAGUAAUUGGAGGGCUCACGAAUUCUCCCGCUUGGAAUGAAACGUUUGAUAGUCCUACGGGCAGUGACCUGUCAACAAUAGUCGCCUCUUACGAAAUUGGAUGUUUUGCAGGUGCAAUCUUGGCCUUUGUUGUUGGAGAGAGACUGGGCCGGAAGAGAAGCAUUAGACUUGGAGCUGCUUGGAUGAUCGUCGGAGCCGUGUUGCAGGCCUCAAGUUACGGACGUCCCCAACUGAUUGUUGGAAGGAUUUUAAGCGGGAUCGGCAUGGGUUGCAUCAAUUCGACAGCACCAGUCUUGCAAGCUGAGAUCAGUCCCAAAGCUACAAGAGGACAAUAUGCAUGCGCUCAACUUUCUACCCUCAACUUCGGCAUUUUUCUCAGUUACUGGAUAGACUAUGGGAUGACCAAACGUUUCUCCGGCGCCGUCUCUUUUAGGUUCCCAAUUGCUUUUCAACUGGCGAUGAUCCUUCCUAUAUUCAUGUUCACCUUUGUAAUUCCCGAGUCGCCUCGAUGGCUAUUUUUUCACGAUCGUUCGGCUGAGGCGAUGGAAGUAUUGUUACGACUAGAACAACCGGACAUCGACAGCGAGGAUCCCGAAUUGCAGGCCAAAUUCAAGGAGAUUGAGGCCACCUUCUUCCAACAACUCGGCGGGAUUAAUGGGAUUAUUUACUACGCCAACUUCAUCUUCUCGAGCUCUUUGGGUUUUUCAGCCAACACCGCAAGUCUUGUCUCUGGAUUCCUAUUCACCUGGUUUUUUAUCGCCUCUUUCAUUCCAUGGUUUUUAAUCGACACCGUCGGUCGAAGGAAGCUAUUAAUCUCCUCAGUUCUUUUCAUGGGCUCUAUAUUUGCAGUAUUGGCGGGAGUAGUCAAACAAAUAGAAGAAAAGCCCAGCGACUCCUUUGUUUACGGCGUUGUCGCUACUGUUUUUUGCUUCUUGUACCUCGGGGCCUUCACCACCGGGUUCCAGGCAACUGUAUGGGUUUAUCCCCCUGAGAUCCUCCCCAUCCGAAUUCGUGGAAAAGGGACCGCUUUGGCCACUGCCUGUAAUUGGAUCAUCAACUUUGCCGUGGUUCAGGUUUUCCCACCGGCAGUCAACAAAAUCGGCUGGAAAACGUACCUCAUUUUCAUGUGCUUUAAUUUUUCAUUUGCACCGAUCAUGUAUAUUUUCUAUCCCGAGACGAAAGGCAAAUCACUCGAAGAAAUCGACUUGCUCUUUGGAGAUGGAGUCAGCGCCGAUAUUCGUCACCAAAGUGUUUCUCAAUUGGCCUCACCAAAGCCGAAAGACCACCCUUCGCUGCCCUCUCCCCGCUUAGGUUACCCCGAGAGUCGAAAAAGUACCACCCUGCUUGACCUCGAAGUCUGA